AUGUUGCCAGUUUUGCCGGUUUCGCACCGCAUCGACUACUUGUUCGAAGUCGCCGAGACGGUUUCCAUCGAAAUGAUGAAGGAGCGCGACUGCAUGAUUCUCCCUGUUGAAGCAGUCGCUGAUGAAGUGGCCAAGUUGCUACCUGAUAGGCCGCAAGGCCAGCAUUCGAUGCGAGCGCCUGGCUAUCUCUUCCGCUACAUGCUGGAUGUACUGUCGCUUAUUGCACCUACUCCUCGGAUCGAGUAUCGACUGAAGGCGCGGACAAACCGUUUGCUUCACGAUGGCACGCACGUCCACCUCUUGAAUCAAAAGUACUGGUUCCCCUCGCCGACCUCUUUUAUCGCUAGGAGUGCAUGCCGAGUCAGAUUGCCUAAUCAUAUCACCCGUCAUGUCUUCGACCUUACAGUAAACUUCCAGUGCAUCCAGGGUUAUUGGUACAAUCGAAAGAAAGAGAAGGGCUUGCUUCUCACCCCUCUUGGCCAAAGUAUCGUCGAAGACUACGGCUGCUUCGCCACCUAUUUAUUAGAACGCUGCAAGCAAUACCGACCGAACUGGAGCGAGGAGGACGUGAAAUUAUACAAAAAGCGUUUGAUAGGUCAAAUUUUGAAUAUUUUGGAGAAGCAGGUGAAUCACACCACGAUCGUGGACAUGGCCUAUUUGACAUUUUAUUCGUUCUCGCAUGUGCCGAUGAUUGUGGACACUGAGCUGAUCUACAGACUCACCGAAUCGGACGCGAAAUUCGAAAGAGACGGGCUCUUUUUGAAGAGAGCGGGAUUCAGAGGAUUUUACGUCAAUCCGGGAGAAAUGGACGACGAAUGGAACUCGCUGGAUCCUGAAGAAGACGUAACGGACGACGUAGCGAAAUUGGGCGACGAUGACAUUCUGCAGUCUUCGAUCGUCUCCGAAGAAACAUGGGAAUAG